AUGUCUGGGGGCUCAGAGAGUGAUGACUCUGUAACAGCUAAUGGGAGGGUUUACAUUCCUGAAGUAAGAAAUGAGGAAACACCAGCAGUUGGGAUGAAGUUCGACUCGCUUGACCUCGUUUAUAAUUUCUAUAAUAGAUAUGCAUUCUUGGCUGGCUUUGGUAUUCGACUUCAUUCCAGCUUUUGGGGGAAAAAUAAGAAAGAGAUUCUGAGAAAAGAAUUUGUAUGUUGCAAACAAGGUGCAUACCGGAAUGAUGAAACUCGAGAGAGAAAAAGACAGCGGGGAAUAAAGGGACACAAUCAUAAGAUGACACCCUCAGGAAGAAUGCAUUUACUGAGAUCACACCGUCGUAUUUCAAAUUCUACAAAAGUACUCACAAAACAGUUGGGUUCGGUUAAUAUUCCCAUUAAUCAGAAGUGUGAAUGGGAAGCUGAGGAAACCACGAUGUUGAACUAG